GUAGCUCAAAAGUAGAGAUCCAGCAAGAUGAGCAAUGAUGGCCUGGGAUCCUGGUCCACUUUGAAUGGUUCAUGGGAAGAUAUUGGAGCAGAAAAUGGAACUGACCUCCUAACCCCCCAGGACGGUUUUGAUCAUGAAUUAUCAACAUAUCCUAUAGCAGGAAUUAUUCUUGUUCUCUUAAUUCCAGUUAUUAGCAUUCUUGGACUUAUGGGGAAUGGAACUGUCAUCUGGUUUCUUGGUUUUUGCAUGAAGAGGAAUCCUUUCACCACUUUCAUACUACAUCUGGCUGUUGCUGACCUUGGGGUUCUCAUGUGCUUAUGCUCUCUUUUGAUAAUGCUUCUUCUGGCGUUAUUUUCAUUUUCACCUCCCUAUAUGGAUUUGUUCUUGUAUUUUUUUAUGUUUAUGUACAACACGGGUCAAUAUCUGUUGACAGCCAUUAGCAUGGACAGGUGUGUUUCUGUCAUCUUCCCCCUUUGGCAUCGAUGCCACCGACCACCACACUUUUCCACCCUUGUUUGUGCCACAAUAUGGAUCAUUUCUUUCCUGCUCACUGUAAUCGGCAUGAUUCCUUCUAUUUUUAGAGUUACAACGUAUCCCUUUUCCUACCUGCUUCUAGUGAAUGCUAUCCUUUGCCUCCCGCUCAUGACUGUUUCCACUCUGGUCCUGUUUAUAAAAGUUUACUUUAGAUCAAAACAGAGGAAGAAUGGAAAAGCUUUAACAGCCAUUCUAGUUGCCCUCCUCGUCUUCCUCUUCUUAGCGUUCCCAUUUACUUGCAUUUUAUUAAUCCGUUUUUUCACUCCACUUAUAGACAACAAUGUGCAAUUUGUUACAUCUGUUGGGUUUUUAUGCAGCUGCCUGAAUAGCAGUAUUAACCCACUGAUUUAUUUCCUGAUUGGGAGAAACAAGAGGGCUCGAUCUAGGGAGAGCAUGAAGGUCAUACUCCAGAGGCUUUUCAAAGAGGAGGAAAACUGCAGAGAGAAGCGAGAAGUUCCAGUUCAAACCCGAAUGUGA